AAGCGCUCCACGCGCGUGGAAUUAGCUAGCCCUCCGAUGUUCAUUAUCUGUUUCUAUCCUCUGAAACCGCACUGCUUUUUUCUGUGAGAAAAAUGGAGGGAACUCUCUCUCCCGUUUUUCCUCUCUUCUCAGUUUCUCCUCACUCGAAUUUCUCUCUCCGCGAGAAAUCUUGUCUCCUGAAAAUCCCAUUGAAAUCCGACCACUCUACGUUUCAAAUCAGGGCCGCCGAUUCAGCAGACAGAAAUACAGCUUCGAGGGUUUCUCCUCAAAGAGCAGGGCUUUCAAAUCCCCCGAGGAAAACACAGAAGCUGCGUCCAGAGUUUCUGCCUCGUAGAGCAGGGCGUUUUGAUCCUGCGAGGAAGAUGCAGAAUCUGAACUCGAAGGUUUCUCCUCACAGAGCUGGUAAAUGCAAUCCUCUUCUUCUUAGCUCAGUUCUCAGUUGGUUUUGGUUUCUGUAAUUCUGUCCCACCCGCACAUGUUAGUGUCCCAUUAUGUGAUUUUGCUAACUUGCGCCCCUGAAGAUCUCAGGUAGAACUUUGUGAGAGAGGGGUUAAUUCCAGUUCAUUGUGUGAUGAACCAAUCUUGUUGCAUUGCCACUCUAUACAGCUGGCGGUAUACCUGGUCAAUCCCUGCUGUCUAUCAAGUGGGCCUUACUGUGUAUUGUCCACGGUAAAGAAAUGCAGUGCCCCUAAUCUCUAUCUGUUUCAACUCUGCCCAUCAAAUGGAGUGAAAAUAGAAGAAAAUGGUCAGUCGUUUACAUUAAAGUGGGAAACAUCCAUGAAUCAGGAGGCUAGAAUCAAGGUGUCAAAAAACAGUUGCGUAAUAGCCACUGUGGCUAUUAUGUAAUGGUUCCCAUGAAUCAGGAGGCUAGAAUCAAGGUGUCAAAAAACACGGUUGCGUAAUAGCCACUGCGGCUAUUAUGUGAUAGUAAUGAUGGGGACUGUUACGUGUUAUGGGGCCAUGAUGGUACGUAUCAUAAUGGCAAUAACUGUGGCCGUUACGGCUACCGUUCCAUUAUUGAAUACCUUGGCUAUAAUUGUCCAAUUGUUGUGGUUUUUGUGGGGUGGACCAUCUGCAGUAGGGCCAACCAGACGGAUGUUUCCGGUCAGCAGCACAUAUGGUGGUGAGUGGCAAUGAACACUGUAUGUUCUGUUGGGAUUAACCAAAAAACUAUUUGAUCUGGAAAAUGUGGGCAGAACUAGUCCAGCAGAUUUGUUCAUUUGGUGCUGGAAGUCAACUGUUAUAUGAUAAAAUUUUUCUUCAUUGUGUUA